CUGGUGACUUAUUUGGUGUGGUGAAUCCAACAGGUAGUGUCCGGCCAGUCAUGCAACGCAUCAUCAUUGAUAUUGACAUAUACUGAUUGAUUGUAUUUCUCAGAUACAUUUAAGGAAACCCAUGCUCGUAUAAUAUUAUAGGAUGAAGUGUGUGUUACUGGUGUGCUUGCUCCUGCAAGCAGUGUAUGCUGCGAAAAAUAUAUCUAUAUCUAUUGAUGUACCCCGCGAAAAUCCUGCUGAUGUGUCGUAUGUUGAAGGAAAAGCUCCUGAAGAGCUGAAAGCUGGACCAGUGAAAACCAACGGAUCAGAGAAAGUCACAAAAACUCAAACAACCAAAUCAAAGGAAAUAAUAUCACACGCAGCAUUUAUUCGUAGUUCGAACAGAGAAAUUCCAAAGGACGAUGAAAUUGAAAAUGAAGAAUUUGAACGGUUUAUUAAGAAAUAUCACAGUCAACCAACUAUUGAAACAGUUUUUGUAUCAACAAGCCCUUCACCACCUGCUGAAGAUUCUGAAGAAAUCGAAAUCGAAACAAAUACAACUGAGUCACAAGCUGAAGUUUUUAAAAGUUCACCAGCAAAAUUGCAAACAUUUGAACGAAGUGUGGCACAUCCAUCUUUAACAUCACACAUCCUACAGCCCCCAGUUCAUCAUCCGAAUUAUGCUAUUGUAAGUCAUGAGCCACAUGAUGCUUCAUUACAUAACGCUGGUUCGGUAUCAUUUUCUGGCAGUGACGGUUAUGUUUUCCAAGCUCAUGGUGGAGCUGCAGCUGGCAAUGAGGGUUUACUUCUCCAAGCUAAUGGUGGCAAUGGAGGACAGAUUCUUUUGACUGACGCCCAAGGUGGUGCUGGUGGAGAACAACAAUACUAUCAAUAUGCUGAUUUCGGUCCAAGAACAUUUAAUAUUGCUCAAAAUGCUGUUAAAACAAAAACCUAUGAAAUCCGCAGACCUGCCAUCCAAAGGCAUUACUAUGACAUUGAAGAACGUGUGAUCGUCCGACCUGCAGGAUCAGUAAUUGUAGAACUUGAUCGACCUGUGGCAAAGGUUCCUACUGGAGAAACAGUUGUUGCCGUGGGAGGUUUGACAGGACAGUUUGUUGGAAAUGGCAUCCAACAAUCAACCCAAGGUGGUAUAAGUUUUGCAAAUGCAUUUGGUCUCAAUGGUGGAGGAGGACAGGGCGGUGUUUUGGUUCAACAAUCAGAUGGUAGUUAUGUGUUGCAAGGAGGGUCAGGUUUAACAUUUGCAUCGAGUGUUGGAGCUCCAUCAUUAGGCGGAUCAAUUGGUGGAAUCCAACAGUCACAAGGCGCUAUUGGAGGAGGUCUGGGUGUUAUCGGAAUUCAACAGGCUCAAGGUGGUAUCGGAGGAGGUCAGGGUGUUAUUGGAAUUCAACAGGGUCAAGGUGCUAUCGGUGGAGGUCUAGGUGGAAUUGGAAUUCAACAGGCUCAAGGUGGUAUUGGAGGAGGUCUUGGUGGAAUAGGAAUUCAACAGGCUCAAGGCGGUAUCGGAGGAGGUCAGGGUGGAAUAGGAAUUCAACAGGGUCAAGGUGCUAUUGGAGGAGGUCAAGGUGGAGUAGGAAUUCAACAGGCUCAAGGUGCUAUUGGAGGAGGGCAAGGUGGAAUAGGAAUUCAACAGGCUCAAGGUGCUAUCGGAGGAGGUCAAGGUGGAAUAGGAAUUCAACAGGCUCAAGGUGCUAUCGGAGGAGGUCAAAGCGGCAUAGGAAUUCAACAGGGUCAAGGUGCUAUUGGAGGAGGUCAAGGUGGAGUAGGAAUUCAACAGGCUCAAGGUGCUAUUGGAGGAGGCCAGGGUGGAGUAGGAAUUCAACAAGCUCAAGGUGCUAUUGGAGGGGGUCAAGGUGGAAUUCAACAAUCACAGAGCGGAAUCGCUAUCUCAACAACCACACAAUCACCCAAUGGUGCUCCAUCAACUACUGUUACGAUUGGUACUCAGCAGCAACAAGGCACCGCGGGUGGAUCAGGAUUCCAACAAUCUCAAAGUGGCAUUACUGUAACAACAACACCUGCACCUGCACCAAGUGUCUCGCAAACAUCGUCAACGACUGGCUUUGGAGGAACUGGUGGAGGAUUUACUGGUAUCGGAAUUCAGCAGUCUCAAGGUGGAAUCGGUGGUGGAGGUAUCCAACAAUCGCAAAGUGGUAUUACAGUUUCAACAACUCCAGCACCAAAUAAUGGGCCGACAUCAUCAACCACGAACAUUUUUGUUACUGGUCCUGGUACUGGAGGUCGCGGAGGUAUAAGUUAUCAAGGUGGUUUUUAUGAAGGAGGUGGAGUCUACUCAACAACGGGAGCUCCAUUCUUCCAGUCUACAACACCAUUCCCCAAUGGUGGUGGAUACUCUGGAAUAGGAUUCCAACAAUCUCAGGGAGGCUUAUCACAAAAUGGAGGUUCUUUUGGAGCUGGAUUCCAGCAGCAACAAGGUGGUAUUACUUCAACAACUGGAGCUCCCUUCUUCCCAUCGACAACACCAUUCCCAAGUGGAGGUGGAUAUUCUGGAAUAGGAUACCAACAAUCACAGGGAGGAAUAUCUCAAAGUGGAGGUUCAUUUGGAGCUGGAUUCCAGCAGUCACAAGGUGGUGUUACUUCAACAACUCCAGCUCCAUUCUUCCCAUCUACAACACCAUCGCCAAGCGGAGGUGGAUUCUCUGGAAUAGGAUUCCAACAAUCCCAAGGAGGUGUAUCACAAAAUGGUGGUUCAUUUGGAGCAGGAUUCCAGCAGUCACAAGGUGGUAUUUACUCAACAACUCCAGCUCCAUAUCUACCACCUCCAGCACCAACUCCAACUGUUCUAAUUGGAAGACCAAAUUCAGGAUUUUCGGGAGCAGGUUUUCAACAAUCUCAAGGUGGUAUCGGUGUCGGACAAGGUGGACUAAGUGGUGCAGGUUUCCAGCAAUCCCAAGGUGGUAUUGGAGGAUCACAAGGUGGUGGUGGAUUUGCUGGCUUCCAACAAUCACAAGGUGGAAUUGGUCUAUCACAGGUAGGCUUAUCCGGAGCAGGAUUCCAACAAUCUCAAGGCAGUAUUGGUCUAGGAAAUGGUGGAGAAUUCAUUUACUCUACAACAUCAUCAUCACCAUCCUACUCUGUAAGUGGAUCUCGAUCAAUUAUUUUGAGACAGCAACCAGGUGGUGGUUAUCCAGUAGUUUCAACUACAACUGGUGGACCUAUUAUAAUAUCAACACUCAAUCAACAUGGUCACAAUGGAAAUAGUUUUAUCAUUCAAGGAGACUCUAACCUUCAUAGUAAAGGAUCUGUUUCAACAACUACUACUACUGAACGAUCUUACUCUGUUAGUCAAGGUGGUUCAGCAUAUGCAAAAUCAGGAAGCCUACAAGAUGUAAGCAAGGAUGUAAAACCUUAUAAGAUCGCAGUUGGAGAACCAGAUUUUUCAUAUCCUUCUUAUGUUGAGAUCACAUCGAAUGGAUCACCUUUAGGUCAUUUGACACAACAAUCCUAUGUUCAAGAUCCAAGCCAUAACUAUCCAAGAAUGAGAUAUCAAGGCCAACUUCUAACUGGUGAAGUUCGAGUCGAUGAUGGACUAACUGAGAAUCAGGAAUCUCAACAACAAGGCUAUGGAGCACUUUCAGCACAACACCAGAACCAAGAACAUGUCGAAACUACAACAACCUCACCACAAGAAGAACAUUCAGCUCUCUACCAAUCAGGAUUUUCAAGUAACCAACAUUCUAACAAAUCCAGUUCCCAAAACCAACAUCAAAUUGUAGGGAGUUCUAAGCAGCCUAUUCAACUUUCCCAGAUUUCUAGCAGUACGCAUCAACAAUCUGAUCAAGUACAUCAACAUAAUAUCCCACGACCCAUCUCUGAACCAAUAGUAGAACAACAUGUUUCUCAACAAAACUCUUCUCAUCAACUUUCUAGCCAACAAAAUUCUGCAAAACAACAAGUUCAUCCCCAACAAAUAUUCCACCAGUAUUCUGUACAGCAACAACAACCAAUACAAAAUAAUGUUCAACAACAAUAUUACAUGCUAGAGCUUGUACCCAUUACACCAAUAAAUCAGGAAAAACCUAGUCAGAUCACCAAUAAACAACCAGCUCAUCCCAAUUUGGUAGCACAGAUUAGACAUCAGGAAAAACAACAACAGCAACAACAACAGCAACAACAACCUCAACAACAACACCAGCAACAAUCUCAGGUUCACACUUAUCACCAACAGAUCGAACAUCAAACAACUGAAAGUACACACUCUAAGCAAGAACAUGUAACAGAAGCUGUUGAGGAACCAGUUGAAGUUUCUGAGAUUCAUAGCAGCACUCAUCAGCAACCAACAUUGUUUCAGCAACAAGUUGCACCAACAGCCAACACAUUAGAACCAUAUUCCUCUGGCUCUAGGCAAUAUAAGCAGCGUGGGGCUCCAUUAAAAUACACCCAGGAUCAGAGUCUAAAUACCGCUACAUCUGAACAUACAGUUAUCUUCAACAACAAUCUUGAACACACUUCAGCCCGCAGUCAAAAUGUUGAAAUUCCUCCUGUGGUCGAAGAAAAAAGUUCGAAAAAUGUUGAAUCAACAACAGUACCCAUUGCCAUUUCAUCAACAAUCAACACUCAUCGAGUAGAACAGACAACUCAAUCUCAACAUCAAACCUAUGCACAGGUUUUAGCACAGGGCAAGCCUGGAAUUUUAUAUGCCUCUCCUAAACCAGUUGUCUUAAACCAUUCUCCAAUCCACAAACAACAUUUCCUUCGAUUUAGUGCAGAUGGUUCCUCAUUGUUCUCACCAUCUGGUCGUCAAUUACAUUUGGUUUACUCCGAUUCACCACAACCCAUUUACCCUCAUCAAUCACAAACCCAGUCAAUACCCGCUCCAGCACCGGUCCCUAUUAACACUGCUGUAAACCAACAAAUAUCUGUAACCAAAAACAAAGGAUACCAAAUUCAGGCCCAACUUCCUAUCACGCGCCAAAGCCAAAUCCAACUAAAUGCAAGUAGUAAUAAACCUGCUUCAGCCAGUGAGCCCCAAAUAACUAGAUCUCAAUCACAACAUGCUGAAUCACACCAAACUUCCGCACAUUACGAAGCCAUUUCUUCAACAACGACUGUUGCUUCUACAAAAGACCAAAGCAAGUUGCGUGGCCCACAAAAGUAUCGCAAUGAACAAACACACGGAGCUAUCACCUUGAGAAGUGGUCGCACCUAUGGUGAUCAUCGUGUCAUUGCCUCUACCCCGGCUCCAAGUGAUGGUGGAGCAGCUAGUGAAAGUGUACAGACACGACGCAUCGUUGUUAACCAUCCAUUCCAAACGGUCCAGGAGGUAGUCGAACGGGAACCUUUUACAAAUAUUCAUCAAGUUACUGUGAAUGCGCCCGCAAAGCAGGUACUUGCUGUGAGAGAUGGCCUCCAAGAAGGUCAACAGAAAUCGGCUGCCUUACGUGCACCAUCUCCCUAUAAGGUAGUCGCAGUCGCUCAAUUGAAUCAUCCAAAAGCAACCCUGAAUUUCCAGCAUAAUGGUGCUGCCGGUUCACAUUGAUUGGGGUUGCCGGCAAUGUCGACAAUUUAUGAAGUUACGAUGCGAAAAAAAGUGAAAGGACAGAAUGAUUCUCUGGGUCUAGAUUUUGUUUUUGUAUAUCUCGAAGCUAUUUAAUUAUUGUUAACAAUUAUUUUUGUUUUUCUUUUUUUGUUUCAUUCUUUAUCUAGAUCACAUACUGUUUGUUUGUAUUUUUUUUAUUUUUAUUUAUUUUUUUAAGUUUUUGUUUUUAUAAUUUUAUAAUUAAGUAAAUAAA